GAGUGGAGGGCGCAUUUUUGCCGGCGAGGCGGCAGCUCCCGGAGUCUUGGGGGGCCUUGGGGCUGAGGAGGCCUGUGCGAGGGGCCUGCGUCCCCACCCAUCCUGUCGCCGUGUCCUUUGCGGGCGAUGGGGCAGAGGCGGCCGCUCCAUGCGGACGUGUUGCUGUCCUGUGUGUGUUGCAUCCUGCCCACGUGGUAGGGUGUCUCCCCGCUCCCCCUCUUUUUUUUUUUUUUUUUUUCUUUUUGCAGCUGGUGAGAAGGGAGGUUUAACCGGGUGGUUUUUCCUCUGUGAUUUCCUCCGAGGUGGUGUGGAUGGUGUUAAGGUCAGACUGCUUUGCGGAGACCAACUGCUGACCUGUUGGAAUAAGGGAGUUUUGAACUCUCCAAAAUUGAGACUAGCAGGGGCCAUAACGGGACGUUGUACUGACAUCUUUCUUUCUCAUCAGCUGCUCUGUUUUUUUUUUUUUUUUAAUUAUAUUGCUAAAUCCUAAAGCGAGUAUAAACUAGCUGCUGAUGCAUUGAGGUGCAUAGUUUUUACUUACUUAUUUAUUUAUUUUUUUGUGCAGUCCAUGUCUUUUGUGUAUAGUUGGAUUCCUGAAUGAGCUGAAUUAGGCCGGCUGGAUAGAGAUUGCUGGGCAUUUCUGUUUUUUUUUUUGUUUGUUUUUUUUGCUAGAUGUCUGCCCGAUCCCUCCCCUCCAUGAGUCUUCAUGCAUUGCAAGGCAGCACUAGAUCGUUUUGACUUAAUCACUUAUUUUGUGCGAGCUCUUUGAUUUCUCUUUCUCUUGUUGAAAUGUUUUUGAAACUUGUUUGGUAACAUGUUUUGAGCAGUUUCUUAAUGUCUCUUCUAAGUUAAGGUUUCCAUUUUUUUCCUGUGUUCUGCUCUUUUGUGGCCACAAAUUGCUGUUUCUCACAAGUGGCAGUGAGAAAAGCCUUUUAUUCUUUCUAGAUCGUAGCAACUUCUCUUCAUUUUUCUGUUGGGGUGGUGUAUGUAGAUGUGAUUGAGCUUUUUAAUUUGUGUUUCAUGGAGUUGAGAUAAGUCUGGGUUUUGUGCUGCUAAAAGUAACAUCGAUGGUCAAGCACUUAUUUGGCAUUUUUGGAUGGGACCAGUAUGUGUCUACUUUGUUUUUUGGUUCAUUAGUUUGGGUGAAAUAGAAUAUUAAUAAUUUGAAAUCACUUUUUAGAUUUCAAAACAACCAUGCUUAUUACACUUUGUUGAAUUAAGUAUUUGUGAAGCUUCCCCUGUGCAGAUCCUGUCACUAAUUUGCUGUGCGAUUUAAAUUCUCUUUGUGGCCAGAUGGGUUUGUAUGGACAGAAUUGUCCAUCUGUAACUGCAUUAAGGAUGACAUCUGAACUGGAGAGCAGCCUAACAUCUAUGGACUGGUUACCACAACUCACUAUGAGAGCAGCCAUCCAAAAAUCUGAUACUACACAAAAUGCACAUGGAGCAGGAAUUUCCAAGAAGAAUGCACUUCUUGACCCAAAUACGACCCUGGACCAGGAAGAAGUCCAACAGCACAAAGAUGGGAAGCCACCAUACAGUUAUGCCAGCCUCAUUACAUUUGCAAUUAAUAGCUCACCCAAAAAGAAAAUGACUCUAAGUGAGAUUUACCAGUGGAUUUGUGACAACUUUCCAUAUUAUAGAGAGGCUGGCAGUGGUUGGAAGAAUUCCAUAAGACAUAAUUUGUCACUGAACAAGUGUUUCCUUAAAGUGCCUCGAUCCAAGGAUGACCCUGGAAAGGGGUCCUAUUGGGCAAUAGACACCAAUCCGAAAGAAGAUGUGCUGCCUACUCGGCCAAAGAAGAGAGCAAGAUCUGUAGAACGGGCCUCAACUCCAUAUAGCAUAGAUUCAGAUUCUUUGGGAAUGGAGUGUAUUAUUUCUGGAAGUGCCUCUCCAACUCUGGCAAUCAACACUGUGACUAACAAAGUAACAUUAUACAACACUGAUCAGGAUGGUAGUGAUAGUCCACGCAGUAGCCUUAACAACAGUCUUUCAGACCAGAGUUUGGCAUCUGUUAAUUUGAAUAGUGUUGGAAGUGUGCAUAGUUACACCCCGGUGACAAGUCAUCCAGAACCAGUGUCACAGUCAUUAGCUUCUCAACAACAGCCACAGUACAACCUUCCAGAACGAGACAAGCAACUACUUUUCUCAGAAUAUAAUUUUGAAGAUCUCAGUGCCUCAUUUCGGAGCCUUUAUAAAUCAGUUUUUGAGCAGUCACUUAGUCAGCAAGGUCUGAUGAACAUCCCUUCUGAAUCUUCCCAGCAGUCCCACACUUCGUGUUCCUACCAGCACUCUCCUAGCAGUACAGUGAGCACUCAUCCACACAGCAACCAAAGCAACCUGUCCAACAGUCACGGCAGUGGCCUCAGUGCCACGGGCAGUAAUUCGGUUGCACAAGUCCCACUGUCUCAUCCUCAGAUGCAUACACAGCCAUCUCCACAUCCACCCCAUCGACCCCAUGGUUUACCACAGCAUUCCCAGCGCCCACAGCACCCAGCACCUCACCCGCAGCAACACAGCCAGCUCCAGUCCCCUCACCCCCAGCACUCGUCUCCACAUCAACACAUACAGCACCAUCCAAACCAUCAGCAUCAGACGUUAACACACCAGGCACCUCCACCCCCACAACAAGUAUCCUGUAAUUCUGGUGUUUCAAAUGAUUGGUAUGCAACACUUGAUAUGUUAAAAGAAAGUUGUAGGAUUGCCAGCAGUGUUAAUUGGUCAGAUGUAGACCUUUCACAGUUUCAAGGUUUGAUGGAGAGUAUGAGACAAGCAGAUCUCAAGAACUGGUCUUUAGAUCAGAUUCAAUUUGCUGAUCUUUGUUCUUCUCUUAAUCAGUUCUUUACACAAACUGGCCUUAUUCACUCACAAAGUAAUGUCCAGCAAAAUGUCUGUCAUGGUGCCAUGCAUCCAACAAAACCUUCCCAACAUAUUGGAACAGGAAAUUUGUACAUAGACUCCAGGCAAAACCUCCCUCCAUCAGUGAUGCCACCCCCGGGUUAUCCUCAUAUCCCUCAGGCACUCAGCACUCCAGGAACAACGAUCACAGGUCAUCACGGAGCCAUGAAUCAACAGCACAUGAUGCCUUCCCAAGCCUUCCAGAUUCGGCGUUCUCUGCCUGCAGAUGACAUCCAGGAUGACUUUGAUUGGGAUUCAAUUGUGUAGAGCUUGUUCUGCAAGGCCCAAGACUCUAGUGUCACCUUUCUGUGCUGUGAAGAGAAAGGCUUAAGAGAAUCCAGUUGGAGAAAACAAAGUUGCUAGUCACUUUACUAAUGUUAUCAGAGUUUCUUUUGAAGACAAUCAGAGAGUUUAGCUGGAUAACUUAUGGCUUUUAUCUGACCCAAACAAGUACUACAUGUUUGUCUCCCUGCCAGCUGCCCUAUGUAGCUCCUAACUAUUGUGUGAUUUGAACAACUUUUGCAUAUUUGUGUCAGUUUGAUGUUGACCACAAGUGCCAGACUGAUUUUUCAGACAGAGCCUAUUUUGCUGCAAGCAGUUUAUAGAUGCAUAUGUGUAAAUAUAUGUACAAAAAUUACUGAAAGACUUCAGUUUUUUCUAAUUGGAUUGCUACGUCUUGAAAGGAAAGUUACUGUGAGUUUAUUCCUUGUUAGGCUAUUUUCUGUAGGAUGCUUUCUACUGAUGUAGGUAACUGAAAGGAAAUAGAUUUUUUUCAAAGCCAGUUCCCAUUUCAUUUUUUGCUGAAUUGUGGGUAAUGAGUUCUACUCAGCAAGCAAAUAACCCAGAGUGUGAUAUUCUCCAAGCAAUCUGAAGGGGCAUGUAAUUCCUGAGCAGCGUAAAGAACUGACCAAAAUUUUUUUAAUUCCUGGGAGAUUUAAUGUAGUUUAUGUUGUACCAUGUCAAUGUCAGUCUUCCUAAGUCUGCAUUGUAACAAUUCUCAGAUUUAUUUCAUCAGUUAGCUAUACAUUGCUUAACUCUUUAAUCAAUGCCUCUAGAUUCACUUUAUGUAUUUAUUAUUCAAAAGUGUUAUUUUAAUAUUUAUUACUACCUUCUGUGAAUGCUCAGCUCAUAUUGGGUUCAUUCAGAAAUGAAUUGUCUGAUAGCACGGGAUUAUUUUUCAGAUUGUGUCAUUCGCUUUAAUGUUACUCCUUUUACCGUGUGAGUAUAUUUAUCUUAGCAUUCCUACCAAUUGAGACAUUAACUAAAAAGCUUUUUUUCCCUGGAAUUUAAAAGUUCAGUUGUACAACAGAACAGAACAGAACAGUGUUUAUAAAACACUUUUUCUCACUCAUUUUCUUCCCAUCUAAAAAGCUCUGAAAGGAGGAUUAGAGCCACACACAAGUUUGCCUCAGUCUUCAGUGCAAUUAUUGUUAAGUGGUCUGCUAUUUCUCUUGUCCUGUGCAUCUGCAUGCAUGACCUUUGGCUACAUACUUUGAAAUGCAGCCUACUUGGAGGCUUUAUUAGUUGUUUAGUUGUCUCAUAUUCUGUCACAGUUAUUUUGUUUGUAUGAUUGUCUUAGCUUUAUAAUAAAACUAAAAAAUUAAUUUUUAAGUGAGUUCUUUAGUCCAAAGACAGACAGAUAGAUUGAUAGAUAGAUAGAUAGGGAGGGAGGAAUGGAGAGAGAGAGAUAAAGUAGAAUUUCAGGUCUAGCAGAGAAAUAUUUUCCAUCAACUACCCACUGGUUGGUUUUUAGUGUUGUCGUCUCUAUUAGCCAUAUUUAAAUCACUUUAAUUAGCCUUGGUGACUCUGGUUGAGGAAUCUCUACUUGAACUAAAUAAGACUUUUUUUUUUUUUUUGGUAUGUGUGUGGGUACUUUUUGUUGUUGUUUGUUUGUUUGGUUUGUUUUUGAUGCAGUGUUGCCUUGAAUGAAUCACUGGGAAGCCAGCCAUCAUAAGGAUUGGUGAGGUUGGGGAGAAAGGAAGGGCUGUAUGUUCCUGAUUGGACCUUGCUUAGCAUGAAAAAGGAAGCUCCAUUCCAGCCCCUUGGAUCACUAAAAAACAAAAGAUUCAGGAAAGGCAACCAACAGACCCCUCAUAGCUGGUUCAAGAGGCAAGAUAAAAUAGCAGCCCUGCAGAGUAAAAAUUUGAAAAGUAAAGAGGGGAGGGAUUUUAAAUAGUCUGCUCAAGUCACUGUUUCUAAAUAUUAAAAUAGCUGUUUUGAAACUUAAGAUUGCUUGGGUAGCAAUGUGCACUUUAAAGAAUUUAGGUAUUGGAAUGCAGUCUCUUAUAUUGAGUGAUUUGAGUAGAAAUCACUGAUGAAGUUUUUAUUUUAUUUUGUUUGUUUUUACAAAUUGUGUGAAGCUAAUUUUCUAUUUAGCAAUCAUUUGCUGAUUUGCAGUGAUCAAUAUUUUUAUGAGAACUUAAACCUACCAAGAAUGGCCCUGGAGGCAGAGCCUCUCCUCAGACCUAUCCCACUCUUACUAUUCAGGGGGCCCAGGAGCCCAAGAGAGCCCUCUAGUGGGCCAGCACACAGGGCCUCCGGACGAGGUGCAGAGCAUCCCUCCCAUAGCCAUUUCACUUUGCUGGUUGUUAAUGCAGUGCAAGUUCUCUCUUGGGCUAAGUUCACUGAAGACUUUUAGGGGGAAAAUAAAUGCAUAUAAUCAAAUGGGGGCACUCUGUCCAGGAGAAUAAUCCGACUGGCAUUUGUGGCAGUUUUUGAAAUGUGUAUGUAUUCAAGUGUGUUCUUGUAAAUAUGUGUCUCAGAUGUACUUUGAAGUGGGAGGGAAUCAACUCGGGACUAUUUCAAAUGGAAUAGAGUAUUUUGAUAUUGUUCAUUCAGAGGGUGAUGUGUACAUAUCUAUAUUGUAUAUAUGUGAUGAAAACACAUUAGCUUUUUGUGCAAACACAAUCUGCUCUCUGUACUGCUGUUGGACAGUCAGUGUUUUAAUGUUUCUACAGUUUUGCUAUUGCACGAUUUCAUAUUUUGCCUCUAUGAUGAACGGCACCCAUUCUUUGUAACUGUUCAGUGCUGUAAAGAAAUAUUCCAAGUGUCAUUAGGAUUGUUGCUGCCAGACUGAUAUGCAUGAAUGGCACUUAAAAUAUAUUAUGUUAACUCUG